AUGCAGGAUUCACCCAGCUCUCUGGUGAUGGAUGGAUACUCCAGCAAUGUGCCAGCUUUCCUAACCAAACUCUGGACGCUGGUGGAAGAUCCUGAAACGAACCAUCUCAUCUGCUGGAGUACUAAUGGCACCAGUUUCCAUGUGUUCGACCAAGGACGCUUUGCCAAAGAGGUGCUGCCUAAGUAUUUCAAACACAACAACAUGGCCAGCUUCGUCCGGCAGCUGAACAUGUACGGCUUCAGGAAGGUGGUGAACAUCGAGCAGGGGGGGCUCGUCAAGCCCGAGCGGGACGACACCGAGUUCCAGCACCUCUGCUUCCUGCAGGGCCACGAGCACCUCCUGGAGCACAUCAGGAGGAAGGUGUCAGUAGUGAAAAGUGAGGAGACCAAGAUGCGCCAGGAGGACCUCAGCAGGUUGCUAUACGAGGUACAGAUACUGAGAAGUCAGCAGGAGAACAUGGAGUGUCAAGUGCAGGACAUGAAGCAGCAAAAUGAAGUUCUUUGGCGGGAAGUUGUUUCUCUACGGCAGAACCACUCACAGCAACAGAAAGUGAUCAACAAGCUGAUUCAGUUUCUGUUUGGCCAGCUCCAAUCAAGCCCUAGCAGCACUGGGAUAAAGAGGAAGCUACCUCUGAUGCUUGACAACGGGAUCUCAGCUCCUCAAGUGUCCAAGUUCAGCCGGCAUUUGUCUACAGAGCCCCUCCAUGACCCCUAUUUCAUACAGUCGCCAUCGACAGAACCUGCCUCUUGCUUAAGCAGUCCUGCAAUUGCUGGGGGACCCAUUAUAUCUGAUGUUACUGAAACAUCGCCACCCAACAUAAUAAAUAUACAAUCUCCUCCUGAAAAUGACAGAGAGAAGUGCCUCAUGCUGAUCAAGGAAGAGCCAGUCAGCCCUGGAGUGAAAGCCACCACUGAGCCUGAUGUCCCCCUGCCCGGCUGCCGGGCUUGCUCUGAGCCCCCUGUGCUCCCAGUCGCCAUGGUUCAGUCUGUUUUGGAAGGCAAAGGGAGUUGUGGUGCAGCUCCACCAGGCACCUCACAACCAUCUGAGAGAAGAGGCAGAAGGGCAUUGCUGGACAGAGCAGAUAUUUCAGACCCAUUGGAGGGCGCCGACUGGAGCUUGGAAGGGCUGCAGCUGCUGCUGAGGAGCCAGCAGUACGGCCUGGAGCCCGCCAGCCUCUUGGAUGUCUUUAAUCCCAAUUUAUCUAUGAGUGAGUGGAAUUUGACUGAAAUGGAAGCCAGUCUGUCCCCGAUGCAGCGACUCACAGUGGAUCUGGAGAAGAAUGCAACUGAGCUGUCCUCAAAAGUGUUCAACCCACCAUUUAACAACGCCUGCCCAGGGAAAGAUGUCAUUCUAGAAAGCACCCAACAGUUCCUCAUUGAUCGUCAGUCCAUCUUUGGAAACGACCUCAUCAGCUUGCCUGAAAGUUCAUCACUUUAUGUUCCACCUGAAAAUAUGGCUUCCUACCUGUCCUCUGUGGGUGUCCAAGGGGAUAUCCCAUUAAACCUGAGCUCUUCAACCGACAACAACCAGUGAUUUAGCUUCCAAGAAACGACAUCUCCCUCCCACCCAUCCAAGCGUCCGCAGGUUUGAAUGUAAAGAAACAAAAGUGACUCAGAAACGCACAAGAAAGUUUCUUUUUGUGCCCCUUCUUUUUGAGUAGAUGGAAG